CCCCUCCCCUCCCACCGCGCAGGGUUUUAUUAGGGUUUAGCGGCGGCGGCGACCGCGACGCCACCCCCAUACCGCAGGCGAUGUCUUCGAUCGCGUCGCAGCUGCAGGCCAUCAAGUCGGCCCUCGGCUCCGCGCCGGAGUCGGCUCGCCGGCCCAUCACCCGGCCGUCCGUGCUCUUCGACGCCAAGGAGGCCGCCGACAUCGACCUCCGCGCCAUCCUCCCCAUCGCCAUCUCUGGUUUGGAGCAUCUUACUGGUGUGGACGAGAGGUUUGCGGGGUACAGUAGCACGCUAUUCAGCCAAACUAGCCUUGAGCUCAACCGUGAGCAGCAAACUCAAAAGGAAAAUGACAAGUUAAACAAGUCCAUCUCCUCCUACCUUCGCAUUCUAGCUGGCUAUCUGCAGCUUCCAGCUGCCCUCAAGACGCUCGAAUACCUUAUCCGCCGAUACCUGGUGCAUGUGUACAACGUGGAUGAGUUGCUGCUGUGUGCAUUGCCGUACCAUGAUACACAUGCGUUUGUUCGGAUUGUGCAGUUGGUCAACUUAGGGAAUAGUAAGUGGACAUUUCUUGAUGGUGUGAAAUCCUCGGGUGCACCCCCGCCCAGGAGUGUUCUAGUACAGCAGUGCAUCCGUGAUACUUCUUUGCUGGAGACCCUCUCCAACUAUGCGGCACCAAAAAAAGGUUUCCUUCAUUCAAGGACAGUGGUGUGCUUUUGCACUGCAGUAACUGUGGAGUGCUUGGGAGCUGUUCCCAAGCUUGAUUCAAAUAUAGUGCAGAGGGUGGUGGGAUAUGUGUUUGACUCCCUUAAUCCUAAUAUUGGGGCAGACCGAGAUUAUAAGGCUGGCGCUCUGAUGAUUGUUGGAGUACUGGCAACACGAGCGACGCUGGCACCAAAACUUGUUCAAGGCUUGAUUAUCUUUGUUGCAAGGGCUGCACAGCAUGAUGCAUUGGAGUCGGUUGAUUUACCGUGGCUUCGUGUUACAGUAAUGGCUAUUAUAAGUUUAGUUCAGUCACAGUCUGUCCAUGAAUUCCGUAAGAAGCCAUUGAUGAUUCUAAAAGAUAUCAGGGAUUUUUCUGGCGUCCUUUCUGUAUUAUCAAGUGAGUUCAACAUUGAGAAUUUUGUUAGGCUUUAUGUUGAAUCACUGGUUGAUCACAGUACCAGUGAUGAAUCCUGCCACAUGCACCUUAUUGAAACCAUGAAGACUCUACCUAUCAAGAACUUUGUUGAAAGGAUUGUACGGAAGGUUCUUGGGAACUGUAUCAAGGCAUCACGGGUCACCGAAAAUCCAGAUAUAAACCACACAGGUAUAUGGGCAAAGAAGAUCUUUGCUGCAAUUGAAAAAAAAUAUUCAUGUGAACUACGUGAUGCUAUCCGUAAAUUUCUUGAGGAAUCUGAAAUUAACUCAGUAGAAGGGGAUUCUACUUCCAAGUUGCUCAGCUUGGUGUUUGAUGAAAGCAAGAGCAUGCCAGCUGAAAUUUCUGAUGCUAACAUCUGGUUCAGUCUGGAUCAUCCAAAGGCUGUGGUCCGUCAAUCUGCUCUCUCAAAAAUUGCCAAGUCUGACAUUUUAAAGGAAAAGACUGCAAAUCCACAGAAGUUUAUAAAUAUGCAAGAUGCAAUAAUACGCAGUUUGUAUGAUGAUGAUCUAAGUGUUGUUCAAGCUGCCUUAUCCAUAGAAGGACUAGCUGCUAUUGCCAGUCCUCGUGGCCUUCUAAAAGCAUACGAUGAUUUGCUUGUGAAAUGCGCCGACAUCAUUCGCGAAGGUGGUUUAAAAGCAUCAAAGGCUUGUGAUGUUGCUGUUUCAUGUUUGGAAAAGAUGGUUAUGGAAUAUCAGGUGCAUCACGUGGAACAUGCCAAGGACAUCGCUACAAUAAUAUUUGGUCUUCUUAUUGUUCACCCAAAGACCUUGAAGGUAAACUUGAAGGCCUUGGAGCUAGCUAAGAAAAUACAAUGGGAUUUCUAUGCAAGUAGUCCUCUUGUUUAUGAGCUCACUGCUCCUGAAGUGAAGAACGUGCCUUUGAAGUCUAUAGCCUCCAUUAACAAGAAGAACAUCCAAGCUUUUGCUGAAACUUUUCUAUCAAACCCAAAUAAACAUGUGGAGUGGUUGGCUGACUGUGGAAACCGAAGUAGCUUUUCUAGAACUCCGUUCUUACUCAUAGUAUUGCAAGCUCUGCUUAUUCCUUCUGAAGUUUUGGAUAAGCAGGUGAAUCUGUGCCAAGUUUGUUUGCCAGCUCUGAAGAAUGAAUGGUCUCACAUACAGCCAAAAGGCUAUUGUAUUGGUGAUGAGAUCAGCAUUGACAAACUUGAGAAGUGCAUCACGGAACUACUGAAGCAUAUUUUCAAUAAUGACAUGGAUGCAUUGAAUGCUAGAAUUCUUGUCUGCAUAUUUUGGGGUCUGCUAAGGGUCCAGUCUUCCUAUGUUAAGCAGCAUUCUAUGAUUGAUGCUGGUGGAAAUACAGUGCUUGAUGAUUUGUUUAUAUUUUUCAUCACAUCACCUGACAACAAUAUCUUUCAGAAGCACCUACAGUAUCUGGUGGCUAACUGCACAGGAGCACCUAUUCAAUUUAUCUCAAAGUACCUUGUGGAUGAAGGUUUGUCUGCUGGAGUUCAAGCAGAGAGUAUUCUCGUGCUCGCUUCAAUUUGUUCAACGUGUGCUUUAUCUGAAAGUAGUAUGGAUGAGAGCUUGUGUAUGCAGCUUCUACUUUUGUUCCCUUCCCUUAUUGUCCCUCUUUCCCAUGAAAAUAAGGAUGUAAGGUCCUCUGCUAUGAAAUUUAUCGAGGGCCUGUCUUUGGUGUGGCAGCGCUUGAGCACUUCGGUGCCCAAAAAUGGAAACAACGGCAAAUUCCCCAUGUCAUCUCCAGCCUUUGGUGUUUUCCUCGAGUCGUUGGCCAACCAAAAGGCCAUGAUAUCCUCAGAUGCGAGAUUUUUACCUGCUUAUAUUUCAUCAAUGCUUAGCCCAAGUCAAGAUCUGAUGGUUCCUGAAAAUCUUCAUGAAAGAAUUGAUCAGCCGGCAAAAGAUGCUAUCCUUGAUUUCAUCUUGCACUCUUCUUUGAAGCUCUCUCCUUAUGGAAAGCUGAUGGUUCUGUCAGCACUGAAAGGAGUAGGAAGCAUCUUAUUUAAGGGAGAAGAUGUUAAGUCUUUGUUCUUGUAUCUUCUGGACCGUCGUAGUCAGCAUCAAAGUGGGCAUGAUUCUAAGCAGAUCGUGACUACUCAUGAAACGCAAAUAUUGUGCUUGCUUUUGGAGGUUUUGUUCGCAGUGGCAGAUCAAACAAAUUUUGGUUUUGACACAUCUGAGGCUCUAUUGAAAGCUUUAAAGGUUGAUGGUUUGUCUCACGAAGAUCCUGUUUCCGUGAUGCCAUGUCUAACUGCCCUGCAAAAUCUUCAACCAGUAUUCUUUGAAAAUUUGAAGAACGAUACUAAGGAUAAAGUAUUUGGGCUACUUAUUUCUCUGUUUCGAGCUGAGAAUUUGGAAAUUCGAAAUGCAACACGAGAUGCUCUACUACGGAUUAAUGUUCAUGCGUCUACUUUUGUGAAAUUUAUUGAAUUGGUUGUAGCGGAAGGUGAUAAGAGAGAAAAUUCAAAGAGAAUAAAGAGAUCAGAGAAUCUUAACAGUGAUAACCAUUUUGAAGAGUAUUUUGGAGAACACCCUGUGUCUUCUAUUCUCGUUUGUCUUCUGGAUAUUCUUUUUCUUAUGAAGAAUGUGAAUCAAAGGCUAUGUUUACUCCAACCACUUUGCCAGAUUCUAUCAAAGCUUCUUUCCGAUCAAUGGAUUUCAGGGAUAGUGUGUCAAUAUGACAAAGGCUCUUCUGAAACUCUUGAUGUACCCAGUUUUGUAAAAGAAACCCAGGAGUUGGUACUGUUGACACUCAAAGAUAUCAUCGAUACGCUGCAAUCGGGCCACCAAGAUGGUCUGCUCAACAAAAGAAAUGUAAACCUCCUUAUCAAGUUCAUAAGGUCCACGGAGGAUGUGGGAACUCGUAAUCAUGGAUUGUCCUUGAUUGCAUCCUUAGCAAAGGCAUUCCCGCAACUGGUUUCAGAAAAUAUUAUUGAUCUGUUUGUUGCUAUUGGGGAUGCAGUGAAACAGGAGGAUAGCCACUCACAACAUGUUAUGGAGGAUUUAUUAUCUGUACUAGUGCCAUGUUGGCUAUCAAAGACCACAAGUAUAGAAAAGCUUCUUCAGAUAUUCAUUAAAUCUUUGACUGAUGUUGCGGAACAUAGGCGCCUGACCCUCAUGAUGUACCUUUUGAGGACCCUAGGAGAAAAUAGUUUGAGUACCGUGAUCAUGUAUCUAUUGCUCACGUUGAUUGAGCGGGGUUCACACUCUCUUUCGAAACACCAGAAGAGUCAUUGUGUCCUAUCCUUGAGUGCCAUGUCACAAGAGUGGGAGUAUGGUUUGGCAGUCAAUAUUACGGGCCAAUAUUCCUAUAAAUUAUGGUUUCCUUGUCUCUGUAAGCUACUACAAGAAAUCAAGGUGCAUCAGAAACAAGUUUUACUUCCUAUACUACAUUUGGCGUUGCAGUUUAUUCUACUUAAGCUACAAGAUACAGAGUUGAGAUUUGAGCUUGAAGCUGAGGAAGCUGCUAAUUCUAUCCAGAAUUCUCUUGGAACUCUCAUGGAGGAAGUUGUCUUGUGCACUGUGUCUGUCAAAGACAAAAAAGACAAAAAAGGGGACAUUUCUGGUGAUAUUCUAAAGGAAGUCAGGAAUAAUGCCAAUACUGUGCUGAAAAUAGUUACAGGAUGGAUGCAUGCUUCAACAUAUUUCAAAGGAAUUACUCGGUUGUUAGAACAUCCAGAAGGUCUUGUGAAAAGAAAGACCCUUGGAAUAUUGUGUGAAACUGCAAGAGCGAAUAACAUGGGCCAGAACAAGCAAAGCAAAGCAAGGAAACUGAAGCGCAGCUCUCUGUCUACUGCCCUCCAAGUGGACAAGAGCUCUUGCCCUUAUUUCAGCGAGCUGUGCUACAAGAUUCUAGAGUUGAUUGAUAGAGAGUCAGACACAUAUGUGAAAAUUGCUGCUAUUUCUUCACUCGAAACACUAGCGAAAGAAUAUCCCUCUGAAAAUCCUGCAUAUAGCAAGUGCUUUGCGACAAUCAUUAGUCACAUAAGCUCUGGUGAUUCUGUCACUUCUUCCGGGUUAAUAAAUACCGCAGGGUCUCUGAUUAACGUGCUAGGAUCAAAAGCAUUACCUCAGCUUCCACUUAUCAUGAAAAAUAUGCUGCAAAGAGCACAUCUGGUGUCAUGUUGCCCUAGCGGAAAAUAUGCUCAUGGUUCUCCGAGAACUGAUGCCAGCCUUUCAAACCAAUCUGUAAGUAUGUUGCUAUCCGUACUUACAACUAUUCAGGUGAUUGUGCAAAAACUUGGGGAAUUUGUUAGUCCAUAUCUGGAAGAAAUACUGGAUCUCGUGAUAUUGCAUCCUGAAUGUGCUACUCAAAUUGAUGGAAAGUUGGAUGUAAAAGCAGCAGAUGUCCGAGGGCUACUGACCGAGACAGUUCCAGUUCGGCUUAUUCUUCCACCUCUACUGAAUUUGUAUUCCAGUGCUACCAAAUGUGGAGAUGCAAGCCUGUCAUUGUCAUUCCAAAUGCUUGAGAAUGUAGUUGGUACAAUGGAUCGGCUGGCUGUAGGAACUUACCAUACAAAAAUAUAUGAACACUGUUUGGAAGCCCUUGAUCUCCGUCGUCAGCAUCUGGACUCCUUGAAGAAUAUAAAUUUAGUUGAGCAAAGUAUUAUCCACACCAUCAUCACUCUCACGAUGAAGCUUACGGAGACCACUUUUAGGCCUCUUUUCCUUCGUACUCUUGAAUGGGCAGAGUCUGAAGUUGAUCAGUCCACAUCAAAGAAAAGUAUGGACCGUGCAAUUGUUUUCUACAAGUUGAUCAACAAGCUCGCAGAACAACACAGGUCCUUGUUUACACCUUACUUCAAGUACCUACUUGAGGGAUCGGUACAAUAUCUAUCAGAAGAUGGUGUCUUGAUCAGUUCCAAGCGAAAGAAGAAGGCUAAACUUGGAGACGAUAUAGUCAAACAUAAUAAUAGUUUGUCAGGACAAAAGCUGUGGAUCUUGAGAGCACUGAUACUGAAAUCAUUGCACAAGUGCUUUCUUUACGACAAUGAUCAGAAGAUCCUAGAUUCCUCCAAUUUCCAGACUCUUUUGAAGCCCAUUGUUUCUCAGUUUGUUGCGGAACCGCCUGAAUCUCUUGAAUCAGUUCCAGACGCUCCAUCAGUUGAGGAAGUGGAUGAAAUUCUUGUUUCAUGCUUGGGACAGAUGGCAGUGACUGCCCGAUCAGAUGUUUUGUGGAAGCCUCUUAACCAUGAGGUGCUGAUGCAGACAAGAAGUGACAAUGUCCGCCCUAAGAUGCUGGGCCUCAAGGUGGUGAGGUACAUGGUCCAACACCUGAAGGAGGAGUAUGUGGUUCUGGUCCCGGAGACCAUCCCGUUCCUGGGCGAACUGCUCGAGGACGUUGAGCUUCCUGUCAAAACGCUGUGCCAGGAGAUACUCAAGGAGAUGGAGACCCUCAGCGGCGAGAGCCUCCGGGAGUACCUGUGAUAUCUCUCCCCAGACUAGUCCUCGCUCCAGUGGUUGGCAGUAGUCACAUCGAUCUUGCUUGUUGUAUGUAAACUACACAGGAUGAAUGGCUUCGGGUACACAUAUUUUGUUGUUUACAUGUGUGAACUAGUGAACCAUAUAGUUUCUUCUGCCCGGGCCUUGUUACUGCAUGCAAUUUUUAUUAAACACCGUCAUGUUAA